GGGAAGUCGGAAGCCGCAAUGCAUGCCGGGUAUUUGUGGAGAGCGAAGGGUGAAACUUUUCACGUGUAGAAAGGUUAUCACCAAUAUCAAUACGUGGACGCAGAUCAAGGACAGAGAACACAUUAGCUUUAACAGAAAUCCAACACUAUGCCUGCAGUACCUAGUGGCUACAACAGAGGAGGUGGACAGCCCAGUUGCUGGGACAAGAUCAAGUUUGGAUUUGGAAUUGGUUUCUUGGUUGGAAUGUCCUCUGGGGCACUGUUUGGAGGCUUCAAUGCAUUUAGAAUUGGAUUGAGAGGGAGAGAAUUUUUCAGUGAGCUGGGUAAAACCAUGAUACAAGGCGGUGGCACUUUUGGAACAUUUAUGGCUGUGGCAUCAGGUAUACGGUGCUGACAUCUAGUGGCCACAUGAGAGAAAAAGUUUAUAUUUCUACAAACUAUCAAGUUUUGGCAUUUACGAAGGUUCUGCUGGUAGAUGUCUGAAGACUGGCAAGUUUCUUCAAUGGACAGAAAAUAUUGAUGGCAUUUUCAGCAGUUUUUCCACUAAACUUUACAAGUUUACUGCCAGGAUUCACUUUAUCUAUUACUGUAGUUUUCAACAAGGGAAACUCAAGCGUAUCUUAUUUUUAUUGUUAUGGUUACCAUGGUUUUCAAUGUGGAAUUGUUUACUGAAGUUUAUUGACAGUAUCAGUUGUGUUAAAAUUUCAGAAGGAAAAAAUUAACAGAACUGUUCAUUAUAUGCAUGUAGUUUUAAAUAUGGAUGAUUCACUCACAUUAGGUUGAGAAUUAUAACGGAGUGAUUAAAUGUCACAAAGAAGGCCAGCUGCGCUCCAGGGCCCAGUUCCACAGAAUAAAUUUUAGACUGAAACUAAGUCUCAACAUUUA